UUUACUAUUCCAUUCUCAGGUGCAUAUAUAAAGAAGGGACACAUGGGGCAUCUCAUCAGUCUUACAGUGAAUCAAACAACAGAAAGUCUUGCACGCAUUUUGAGUCAAAGUGAUUAUUAUCCUUCCUGCAUACACAUAAGUGUUUAAGCGUACAACAGAUGAAGCAGCUAUGGAAAGCCGUGUUUUUGAUGGCUAUAGCCCAUCAAGUCAUGUCACUUGCCUUAACGAAAGCCACUGAAAAAAAGAAAAUGGUGUGUUACUAUGGUAGCUGGGCCGUAUAUCGACCAGGAAAUGGCAAGUUCGACGUUGAGAACAUCGAUCCAUUUCUCUGUACCCACAUAGUCUACGGCUUUGCUGGUUUGGCAUUAGACAAUACCAUCAAUGUUCUUGAUCCGUACAACGACCUUAAAGAAAACUGGGGCAAAGGGGCAUAUCUUCGCUUUACCGGGUUGAAGAAGCAAAAUCCUGAUCUCAAGGCUCUUAUUGCAGUCGGCGGAUGGAAUGAAGGGUCUGAAAGAUAUUCGCAGAUGGCAGCCGAUCCGGCCAAAAGAACAACUUUUGUGAAUUCGGUUGUCAAUUUCCUUAUAACUUAUGGUUUUGAUGGUCUCGAUUUCGAUUGGGAAUACCCAUCAAACAGAGGCGGCAGCAUAACGGACAAGAUCAACUUUGUCCAUAUUCUUCGAGAACUGAAGGCGGCGUUCGUUCCUUACGGUUUUCUUCUUACCGCAGCUGUGUCCUCGGGCAAAUCAACAAUUGAUUCGGCAUAUGACAUUCCCGCUGUUGCAAGCGCUUUGGACCAAAUUCACGUGAUGGCUUAUGAUUUUCACGGUGCCUGGGAAACUUUUACUGGGCUCAAUGCGCCACUUUAUGCUAACCCGACAAUCGAAUCCGGAAGCAAUUUACUCUUGAACGUGAACUGGACCGUCAACUAUUGGAUCUCCAAUGGUGCUCCGCCUUCCAAAAUUAUUUUGGGUAUGGGCCUUUAUGGCCGUGGAUUUACGUUGGCCUCAUCCACCCAAAACGGCUUCUACGCUUACGCUCCCCAGCCUAUUCAAGCUGGACCGUACACCCGAGAAAGUGGAACAUGGGGUUACAACGAGAUUUGCGAGAAGUUUAAGGCUGAUCCAUCUUGGACCGUCGUCCGGGAUCCUUAUUACAAAGCACCAUACGCUUACAAAUCGAACCAAUGGAUUGGUUAUGACGAUCAACAAUCGCUUAGACUUAAAGCAGAGUACGCCAUGUCGAUGAAUCUGGGCGGAUCUAUGGUGUGGUCAAUUGAAACGGACGAUUUCAGGGGUCUUUGUCACAACGUGCCUUUUAUACUGAUUAAAACAAUCACCGAAUCUAUGAAUGGGCCCAUCGUUAUCCAGUCAACGACGAGUAGUACUUCUGCUCCAGUAACAACAAAAGCUACUACAACUGUCUCACCGGUUACGACAAAAGCCACCACUACUGCAGCUCCGGUCACAAACCCCCCGACUGCGUCCCCUACUGUUGCCCCUGCUGCAACUACCACUCUUUGCGGACCCCAAAAUCCUACCACGACUGCAUCCGCGUAUACCACUACACCACCGAUAAAGACGACAGCUGGAACACCUCCCCCGAAUACGCUUUGCAAAUCAGAAGGUCUUAAUCCCGAUCCUUAUGACUGUGGAAUCUUCUAUACCUGCCUAGACAAUGGCUUGGGUGGCUGGACGGUUUACAUGCAAAGAUGUGCAACUGGAACGGCGUUCAGUGACGAGCUUAACACGUGUACCUUUCCAAAUCAGGUGCCUGGCUGCGAAACAUACAGCGGUUAGGUGAAAUCUAUCCUGCUAUGUUUGCUAUUUUUGAUCGAAUGGAAAUAUUUUUAAAUAAUGAAAUACAGUAAUAAAAGUUCCGGUAAUCUAAA